UUUGAAUUUAAAUAUGAAGAUCGGCCAAAACUUGAGCUCGAUAAAGAAACAGCCUUUGAAGGCCUCCCCAGAUUCAUUUGAGAUGGACGAUAGCAAUUCUCCAGAUCACCCACAAGGAAGUUUAUUGAAGAAACCCACUGACGAUCAGCUUUUGGAUAGACUGAAUCGUACAAUGGAGUCUGCGAUUAGGCAUAGUUGCUAUAAUGAUGCUAUCUUCUAUGCAGAUAAGAUUUUAGCUCUAUCUAUUCAUGACUCUGAUCAGCACAUUAAGGCGAUUUAUGACCUAGCUAAUGCUUAUUACUUAAACAAGGAGUACAUGAGAUGUGUCCAGCUUAUUGAAAGACAUGGAAAUAGCAUCAAUAAGAUCUGCACAUUCCAGUACCUCUACACUGAGAAGUUCAGAAUUCUUACUGCACAAGCUUUGCUAGGUGCUAAUAAUAUAGAAGCAUGCAUUAAUGUACUACAGAAAGAGGUAAAAGAAGAAGACGAAGUCAAAAAUUUUGAAAAUACUGUUUUGGAGGGAGAAGAAUACAAUUACUAUAAAGGUCUCAGACAUCUUAUCCUUGCAAAGGCUUAUGAAGCCCAAGAGAACAAUAAGCUAGCAGUAGAGAAUUACAAGAAAGCAUUGUUUAAUAAUUGUGAAAAUUUCGAAGCUUUUGAAAGACUUGUGGGCAAUUAUUUGCUUACUCAAGAGGAAAGGGAGCAGCUGAUUCAAGACUUGUCUUUCACACAGCAUAACCUCUGGCUUAAGGACUACUACAUCUCGAGAAUUGAAGGUGCAAUUAGAGAGGAUUGUGAAGGAUCGGUGAUUAUUAACACAAUUGAGCCUUCUAUUCAGUCUCCCAAUGUCAAGAACUUCUGUGCUGAUGAAGAUGAAAUUGGAGGUUCUGGUGCUUAUUACAGCCAUGUUUCUCCUCCUCAGAUAAAAGACAUCGGGAAGACACCUGAAGCCAAGAGAAUAACUAUUGACAGUUAUGAAGGGAGAAAUCAAAGAGAAGUCCAGAUUUUAGAAGUGUUGUAUAAUAGCAAGAACAGCUAUAUCAAAAUUAUUGAAGCAGAAAAGUAUUACAAUGAGCAAAAUGUAUCUAAGGCAUAUGAGAUUGUUAAGAACUUGAUUGAAGAAGACAUGUACUUCUUCAGUGCUAUUCCUCUUUAUGCUGCCAUACUGAUAGAGCUGAACAAUGUUGGAGAUCUAUAUAUCCUUGCACACAAUUUGGUAUCUUCUAGUCCUGAAUUAGCUGUUUCCUGGUUCACUGUUGGUGCAUACUAUUAUUUAGUCAAGAAAUAUGAUGUUUCAAGGAAGUAUUUUGAAAAAGCAAAUAAGUUUGAUAAGCAUUUUGCAGCUAGUUGGAUAGCCUUCGGACAUAGCUAUGCUGCAUCAGAUGAGUCUGACCAAGCAAUGUCAGCAUACAGAACAGCCGCAAGAUUGUUCCCUGGAUGCCACCUUGCUAACCAAUGUAUUGGGAUGGAAUAUUUGAGAACAAAUAAGUUGCCUACAGCCUUGAUUUCUUUUGAACAAGCUCAAAAGAUUAAUAGCAAGGACUGUCUAGUUUACAAUGAGAAGGGAGUUGUGUAUUAUAAAGAAAAAAAUUACAAAGAAGCUGAGAAACUAUUCCUGAUCGCCCAUGAUCUCUCGACAGAUGAGAAUUGAAAGACCUAUGAAACUAUUCUUCUUAAUCUAGGACACUGAAAUAGGAAAAUGAAGAAAUAUGAGGAAGCUAUUAGAUAUUAUGAAGAAUGUUUGAGUAUCAAUAACAAGAACCCAUCUACAUAUGCAUCUCUCGGAUAUGCUUAUCAUCUCAAGAAAGACUUCAGGCAGGCUAUGAAUUGCUACAACAAGGCUAAUUUCUUGAAGAGCGAUGAUGGGUUCAUCAAGACCUUGAUCGAUAGAGUACUGGAAGACCUUCAAGAAGUAUCAAUCGAAGAAAUUAUUAGUGGUUCAAGUUAUUAAAAUUGGUUUAUACCUUCUCCA